AUGGCUUCUGCAAACACAUUUUCUGAUUUCAAAUUAGCAACCGAAUUGCCUGCAUGGGAAAAGUUGCAACAAUUGCACAGUUCUCAAGGUAAGAACAUCUCUGUUAAAGAGGAGUUCAGCAAGGACCCAAAGAGAUUCGAGAAAUACAGCAAGACUUUCCACAACUACGAUGGUUCUAAGAUUCUAUUUGACUUCUCCAAGAACUUGAUCAACGAUGAAAUUGUCUCUGCCUUGGUCCAAUUGGCUAAGGAAGCCAAAGUGACUCAAUUGAGAGACAACAUGUUCGCAGGUGAACACAUUAACUUCACUGAAGAUCGUGCUGUAUACCACGUUGCCUUGAGAAACACCGAGGGCAAAUCCAUGAAGGUUGACGGUGAGGAUGUGACUCCUGAAGUUCACUCUGUGUUGAACCACAUGAAGGAAUUCUCCGAACAAGUUCGUUCCGGUGCUUGGAAGGGUUUCACCGGUAAGAAGAUCACAGAUGUGGUCAACAUCGGUAUCGGUGGUUCCGAUUUGGGUCCAGUGAUGGUCUCUGAAGCUUUGAAGCACUACGCCACUGACAUCAAGGUCCAUUACGUUUCUAACAUCGACGGUACCCACAUUGCUGAAACUCUGAAGAACGUGAAUGCCGAAACUACACUUUUCCUAGUGGCAUCCAAGACCUUCACCACCGCUGAGACUAUCACUAACGCUAACACCGCCAAGAACUGGUUCCUGGAACAUGCUGGUGGUGAAAAAUCUCACAUCGCAAAGCACUUCGCUGCCCUAUCUACUAACGCCGAAGAAGUUGCUAAAUUUGGUAUCGAUACCAAGAACAUGUUUGGCUUUGAAAGCUGGGUAGGUGGUCGUUACUCUGUGUGGUCCGCCAUUGGUCUUUCUGUUGCCAUCUACGUCGGUUUUGACAAGUUCUGGUCAUUCUUGAAGGGUGCAGAAGCUGUUGACAAGCACUUUACCGAAACACCACUAGAAGACAACAUUCCAUUGUUGGGUGGUUUGUUAUCCGUAUGGUACAACAACUUCUACGACGCUCAAACCCAUUUGGUGGCUCCAUUUGAUCAAUACUUGCACAGAUUCCCAGCUUAUUUGCAGCAAUUGUCCAUGGAAUCCAACGGUAAAUCUGUUACUAGAGGUAAUGUUUUCACCAACUACUCUACUGGUUCCAUUCUAUUUGGUGAACCAGCUACUAAUGCUCAACAUUCUUUCUUCCAAUUGGUUCACCAAGGUACCAAGGUUAUCCCAGCAGAUUUCAUCCUUGCUGCUCAAUCCCAUAACCCAAUUGAAAACAACCUACACCAAAGAAUGUUGGCUUCCAACUUCUUCGCACAGGCUGAAGCUCUAAUGGUUGGUAAAGAUGAAGACAAGGUUAAGAGCGAAGGUGCCACUGGCGGUCUAGUUCCUCACAAGGUUUUCUCUGGUAACAGACCAACUACUUCCAUCUUGGCCCAAAAGAUUACUCCAGCUACUUUGGGUGCCUUGAUUGCCUACUACGAACACGUCACUUUCACUGAAGGUGCUAUCUGGAACAUCAACUCCUUUGACCAAUGGGGUGUUGAAUUGGGUAAAGUUUUGGCCAAGGUCAUCGGUAAGGAAUUGGAUACUUCCGAUCCAAUUUCCGCUCACGAUGGUUCUACCAACGGUUUAAUCAACCAAUUCAAACAAUGGGCUUAA